CUGGAAGAGACGGGGUGGGGGGGGGGUGUGAAAAUGGAGAUAUCACACUAUGUACCCACGGCGGGAUAUUUUUGUAGGUGAAACGGAAAAAUGAACGAGGGAACACACCCAGACGAUGACAGCUACAUUGUGCGCGUCAAAGCGGUGGUCAUGACAAGGGACGAAUCGAGCGGUGGCUGGCUGGCCCAGGACGGCUGCCUCAGCAGGGUUGGGGUUUGCAAGGUGCUCUCGGCAGAGCUCCUGGGACGCAGCGCCUUCCUCAUCCACGGAGAACGCCUUAAAGACAAACAGGUGAUUCUGGAAUGUUUCCUAAAGAAAGACCUGGUCUACACCAAGGCCACGCCCACCUUCCACCAUUGGAAAGUUGACAACAAAAAGUGUGGGCUGACCUUCCAGAGCCCAGCUGAUGCCCGAGCGUUUGACAGGGGUGUGAGGAAGGCCAUUGAAGACUUGACAGAAGGAUCCACCACCUCCUCCUCUACUCUCCACAAUGAGGCAGAGCUUGGAGAUGAUGACGUCUUCACAAAUGCCACCGACAGCUCCUCCAACUCCUCCCAGAGAAAGGAGCCAGCCAUGCAGACGUUGGCUCCCUCGACCUUCUGCGAGGCCCGUCGGCACCACUGCAUCCUUGGCCACUUCUAUGACCAGCAUCGCCCAUCAGGACACUACUUCCUUGGCCAGUCGGUGCCAAUGUUACCUCAUCACGUCAGCUUCCAGGUGGAAGAGGAAGAGAUUGUUCGCAUCAACCCCCGUGAGCGCUCCUGGCUGACAGGCUACGAGGACUACCGCCAUGCCACCGCCACACAUGACAAACUCAUCCAGCCUGCCAACCCAGAUGCCUAUGUGCAUUUUGCCAAGAGCGAGCUGCCGAAACAUGACUACACCUACCCGUAUCCUCUGGGCUGUGAGGUGCAGCACAGUAGGGACGUUAAACCAAGCUUGCCGGAGCGGGUAGUCGGCCACGGGGCUGUGGUGACUGCCCAGCCUGGUGCCCUCCAGCCCAAGGGAAAACGACGGAAGGGGGAGGGGGAGCGUGCCCGCUGCGUCUAUUGUCAGGACGUGUUCUACCAGGAUGAGAACAAGCGGGGGCAUUGCCAGGAGGCACCGGACCCGGUCCGGACCUGCAUUCGGAGGGUCAGCUUCAUGUGGUGUGCGGACAGCCUGCUGUACCACUGCAUGUCAGACCCAGAGGGCGACUACUCGGACCCAUGCUCAUGUGACACCAGCGAUGAGCGCUUCUGUCUGCGUUGGCUGGCACUGGUGGGGUUGUCACUCCUGGCCCCCUGCAUGUGCUGCUAUGCACCCCUGAGGGCAUGCUACCGCUGUGGAAUCGCCUGCCACUGCUGCGGGGGUCGGCACAAAGCUGUAGGUUGAGGCCUUACAAGCCACGCCUACCGCCCAGAUAGGAUAAAGACUCAUGGGAAGAACCAAGAAAAGGUUGCCGCUAUGUUUUUUUAUUAUUAUUAUUAUUAUUAUUAUUAUUAUUAUUAUUUUGGUUGUUGUUCGGUGGUUCUCCUUCUGGACUCCAUGGGAGGAAAAGCAUUCAUCUUAUUUUAAUUUUGUCAAGGAGUCACUUAUAUGUUCAAAGGCUGAACAGUAAAUAUACAUUUAUAUAUAGAAAUAUAUAUAAAUAUAAAUAUAUAAACAGGUACUUUAUAUUUUUACACUCGUGUUUUAAAGGCUUGAAUGUGUUGUUUUUCUUAGUGUUGUGUGAGCUCAGUAUGAGUGUUGUUGUGUUUUUAGUCUCAAUCCACCAAUAGCAAACUGCAAGAAAUCUCAGUCCUAACAAGCUGACAUUUUGUCUUUAAGCGUUGAGUCUUAAAGUCUCAUUUUUCUAUAAAUACGAGUAGGACUGCCAGUGGGGUGAUGUCAUUUUAACCAUUCCCGUUUAGACAACUUGUUUCAAGAAUUUUCCGGCAUCAAGUGCCAUUGAGUUGAGCUUCUUGAUGCUAGCUAGCUAAGUGGCUGUCUCAUUCAAAAAUGUUCGUAUUUGAAGUAGGGCAAAUUGCACUGGAAACUUCUAAAGCAGUCUCACCUCAUUAAUGGUUAAGAGGUUUUUUUUAUUUCCUUUUCAAAAAUCUUUCGAUUUUGACCGCGAUGAGGCCAUGUGUUCACUGGGCCGUCUUCUGAGAGCUGAAGCUCUCUGAAGAGUCGAGGCUCUCUGAC